ACUGGCUUUUCAGAGGAGCUGACGCCAUUGCUUUCAUUUGCUGUAUUCUGAUUGCUGCCGCUGUGAGGGAGCUGUGAGGGGGCCAUGGUGGAGCAGAGAAUUCACGACAUGAAUGCAGUGACCUAUGAUGAUGUACAUAUUGACUUCACUCGGGAAGAAUGGACUUUGCUUGAUCCCUCCCAGAAGAAUCUCUACAAAGAUGUGAUGUUGGAGACCUACAGGAACCUUACCACUGUAGGAUACAGCUGGGAAGACCAUCAUAUUGAAGAACAUUGUAAAAGUUCUAGAAAACAUGAAAGGCAUGAAAGAAUUCCUACUGGAGAGCAACCUUCUGAAUAUACUCAAUCUUUUACAGCCUUUGCUCAUCACUGUACUUCUCAAAGGCAUAAAACAACACAUACUGGAGAGAAACAGUAUGAAUGUGAUCAGUGUGGUAAAGGCUUUGUGUAUUACACUAAUCUUCAAAGUCACAAAAGAACACAUACUGGAGAAAACUCUUAUGAAUGCAAUCAGUGCAGUAAAGCCUUUGCAGACCAAAGAAGACUCCAAAUACAUAAAAGAAUACAUAUUGGAGAGAAGCCCUAUGGUUGUAAUCAGUGUGAUAAAGGAUUUUCACAACUCAGUGUUCUUCAAGUGCAUAUGAAAACACAUACUGGAGAGAAACCCUAUGAAAGUAAUCAGUGUGGUAAAGACUGUUCACAAUUUAGUCAUCCUCAACUGCAAGAAAGAACACAUACUGUUGAGAAAGCCAAUGAAUGUAAUCAGUGUGGUAAAGUCUUUGCACGUUCCAGUGAUCUCAAAAUGCACAAAAGAACACAUACUGGAGAGAAACCCUAUCCAUGUAAUCAGUGUGGUAAAGCCUUUGCACGUCAUAGCAGUCUCCAACUGCACAAAAGAACACAUACAGGAGAGAAACCCUAUGAAUGUAAUCAGUGUGGUAAAGCCUUUGCAAAUCAAAGAAGACUCCAGAUACAUAAAAGAAUACAUACUGGAGAGAAGCCCUAUGGUUGUAAUCAGUGUGGUAAAAGAUUUACACAAUUCAGUGUUCUUCAGGUGCAUAAAAGAACACAUACUGGAGAGAAACCCUAUGAAUGUAAUCAUUGUGGUAAAGGCUUUUCACAAUUCAGUCAUCUUCAACUGCAUGAAAGAACACAUACUGGAGAGAAACCCUAUGAAUGUAAUCAGUGUGGUAAAGGUUUUGCACGCCCCAGUGGUCUCCAAAUGCACAAAAGAACACAUACUGGAGAAAAACCCCAUGAAUGUAAACAUUGUGGUAAAGCUUUUGCUACUCAUAGCAGUCUUGGAAUGCAUAACAAAACCCAUACUGGAGAGAAACCUUAUGAAUGUAAUCAUUGUGGUAAAGCUUUUACUCAGCACUAUAUUCUUCAAAGGCAUGAAAGAACACAUACAGGAGAGAAACCGUAUGCAUGCAAUCAGUGUGGUAAAGCCUUUGUACGUCACAGUGGUCUUGAAAUGCACGAAAGAAUACAUACUGGAGAGAAACCUUAUGAAUGUAAUCAAUGUGGUAAAGCCUUUGCACGUCAGAGUAGUCUCCAUACGCACAAAAGAACACAUACUGGUGAGAAACCCUAUGAAUGUAAUCAGUGUGGUAAGGCCUUUGCAGAACAUAGAAGUCUCCAAAUACAUAAAAGAACACAUACUGGAGAGAAACCUUGUGAAUGUAAUCAGUGUGGUAAAGCCUUUGUAUGUCAUAAUCAUCUCCGAAUACACAAAAGAACACAUACUGGAGAGAAACCCUAUGAAUGUGAUCAAUGUGAUAAGGCCUUUGUAAGUUCUAGUCAUCUUCGAGUACACAAAAGAACACAUACUGGAGAGAAACCUUAUAAAUGUACUCAGUGUGGAAAUGCCUUUACCCUUCGAAGUCAUCUUCAAAGGCAUACAAGAACCCAUAGUAGAGAGAAACCCUAUGAAUGUAAACAGUGUGGUAAAGUCUUUGCUCAUUACAGUUCUCUUCUAAGGCAUAAAACAGCACAUACUUGAGGCAAAUCCUUUGAAUUUUAUCUCUCUGUUAAAGCCUUUAUAUAUCACAGUGAUCUUCAAAGGCAUAAAAGAACCCAUACUAGAGAUAAACCCUAUAAAUGGGAUAAGUGUGGUAAAGGCUUUGCAUGUCAUAUUAAUAGAAUAUAUAAAAAAAACACAGACUUGAGCAAAACCAUAUGAAGGUUGUCAAUAUAGUAAAGCCUUGGCAUGUUUUGGUAGUAUUAGAAAUCACAAGUAAAAAUCAUAGAGAAACCCUAUGAAUGUAGUCAUUAUGAUAAAGUUUUGAUCUUCAUACAGGAGUAAAACUUUUUGUCUGCAAUCAAUCUGUUAAAGCCUUUGUGUAUUACAAUAGUCUUUGAAUAAUUGAAAAAAAAUACUGAGGGCUUUUUAUUAUAAAUCAUUUGGUAAGAUCUUUAGCCAACACCCUUACCUUCCGUUACACAAGAAUCGAGAGUGUUAACAAUCUGGUCAAGCAUUAUGAUGUCUGUGUUUAUAUUGUUGAACCUGAAAACAUGGGAAAAUAAAUUCAUGAAGCCUCAUGAAUUUCAAUGAUAACAUAACUCUUAGAUUUAGAUUUAGAUUUCAUACUUCUCUUCAAUUAUAUUUAAUAAGUAGUUCAGUUGUAAAACUUUAUGGAUUUGUAUUAGUGCCUUUUCUGCUUUUGUUAUAUAAUGUCUACGUCAACUUAUAAAAAGAGUUUAGUUUGGCCCUUGGUUCCAGAGGGAUACAGAAUCACCAUGAAAGUGGCAUGGCAACAGGUAUUGGACAUGGCAUCCUAAGUAGGAAGCUAGGAACUUGUGUCAUCCACCUGCAGCAUGAAGUAGAGAUUGGGAAGUGGAAAUGGUGUGCAGAAAUUCUCAAAGCUUUCCACCAGCAAUAUAUUUCCUCCAGCAGGGCAGCAUUCCCCAAAUCUCCUCAAAUGAUAACACCAGCUGAAAAGGAUUGAUAACUCUGACUUGAAUCCUGAAUUCUUGUUUUCUGUUAAUGAACCUAUUCAUAUAGUCAAAAAACACUGUAAGUAACCCUUUAGAUGCCUCAACACCUAAGUUAAGGAAGUGAAUGCUUAAAACAGAAAACUUCCAUGAUUAAAAAACUGUUUCAAUUUCAA